UGUUAGCGCCUAGUUGUUUUCCAAAUCCGCCGCCAUAGUUGUCGCCAUCUUCUUAAGUAUUUUUCUUAGCUACACAAACUUUUGCGGACCGAUGGCUGUAGAAAUCACUUAACGAAGCUCGUUUUAAGUCCGUAGGACUCAGUUGAUCAUGGAGACACCAUGACGCAUCCUAAUUUUGUGACAAAUGGCGCCAGCCUUGAAGACUGCCAUACUAAUUUCUUCGCAUUGGCUGACUUAUGUGGGAUAAAAUGGCGUCGCUAUUAUGCUGAAAGUGUGCUGUGUUAUGAACCCCUGGAUGAUCCAGUAUUGUCAUCAUUCAGCAAGUGUUUGGCCACUGACAUCUUGUGUGUCUGGAGGAGAGUUGCAACCCAGGGACAUGAACAGCACCGACACAAUCUACAAGAUGGAAACCAACUUAAUUAUAAAAAAGAACUCUGGGUAUUUUGGUAUGGAGAAGAACCAGAUCUUACCGGCUUGGUCAGCCCAGAUCUUACUACGGAUCCUGAGCAAGGAUCGUGGGAAAGUGGAUUGUCAUACGAAUGCCGUACACUCCUUUUCAAAUCAUUGCACAACUUAAUUGAGAGGAGUUUGUUGUCACGGGGCUUCUCACGUCUGGGAAGAUGGUUUGUUCAACCAUAUGAUGGAAAUGAGAAAAGUAUAAGAAGCCCACAGCUUUCUUUUUCUUUUAACUUUUUCAUCCAUGGUGAAAGUACAGUAUGUGCAAGUGUAGAUGUCAGACAACGAAUUCCAGUGUGUCAACUGACACGUCAGCACUUAUCAUUAGCACAAGGGUGUCACACUGGAUUAAAAGUGAUACUUUGCCCAUAUGGAAUGGCAGGUACAUUGACUGGGCAGAGCUAUAAAGAUACUGAUUUAACCACUCAGAGAUUGAUAAGUGAGUGGAACCAUUUUUAUCCCAUUAGAUCUAAAAAAGAAACAUUACCUGAUGACGACCAUAUCAUGCCUGCAGUAGAAGUCAUUGUUGGUGGAAUAAGAAUGCGGUAUCCAUCCAGUUACGUACUUGUCACCGAAAUUGAUGAGGCUGCAGCCAUCGGAUCAAAUGCUAAUGUUUCUCAGUUUGCAUCAUUUGGUACUUCAUCUUCCAGCUUUUGUGCUUCCCAGCAAAAGACUUCCUUACUCACAGGUGUUCUUACUCCUCCAACAUCUCCGUGUGAUCCUACAUUGUCAGCAAACACUACUUUUCGUGGGACAUCCACAGAUGUGUUUGGAGAAAAUGCAGGAUACAAUUCUGUGUACACAACUGCAUGGAAAAUAAAACAAGCUGUUUGGCAAGAUAGUGCACUUCAGGGUCGAAAACAAAAUCCAGAAGGAAGUGACCAGGCUGGAAUAUGGGAUUUCAGUGAUCCUUCAUCAUUAGUCAGAUGUGAUUGCUCAAGGUCGAAAUCAGUGAACCAAGAUAAAACAAACAGUUUAAAGAUGCCUACAAGUACAAGUUCUUCGAGUCCAGUUGUGACAACAUCAAGUCCUGCUGUGUCUGUUGAUAGUCCAAGCAGCUCAACUAAUACAAACACUGCUGUCAAUGCAGCUCGUAAAAACGAAAAACCAGAUAAACUUAAACAACAAACACGUUAUAGGACUUCAAUUCCUUUUCACAAACGCAGUGCGUUUUCUGAUAGUUCAGAAAUAGACAAUUUUUCUGCUUCCUCUACCUUUGUUAUGGGUUCCAUGCCUGGCUCCACAUUGCCUAAUAGUGUGAAUACAAACUUUCAAUUUAAAGGUUUAAGUCAAUCGUUACGCUCCUCCACUCCAAGUGGCCUUCCACAAUUGCACACAUCAGUUGUCCAGCCAUCAUCUCCCCUCCCUGAUACUCCUAUGACUGAUGGUACGAACUCACAAUCAGCAGAACUUGCAAUGCCCACACUCUCUCCACAUCCUCCUGCAAUAAAGGAUGAGGAAGACGAUGAGGAAAUGCCCUCAGAAUCUCAGGACCAGAAAGUAGCUGUUAAAAGUCCAUCAUCAUCAACGACUCAAGAAAUAAACAGUAACGGGAAUAAUAAAGAAAAAAGUUCAAACGACCAGGUAUCAUCUCCUUUCCAAAAUGUUGCAACAGUGGUGGAAAAUAUAAAAGUGGAAAUAAAAGAAGAAGAAUCUACAAACUCUCAAAACAAUUGUAAUAAUAACAGUAGUAAUGGCACAGCAAAUAACAACAGCAAUAAUUGGAGUCAAGAACCUGCAGAGGAAGUAAAACCUUCUAUUGCAUCGAGUUCUGUUCCCACAGUGCCUGCUCCUUCUCUUAUUGCUGUUCAGGGAUUGAAAAGGCCAUCAUUAACUGUUUGUUCUCAUGAUGAUCCUCAUGAUGAAUUGGUGAUGGAUGGAUUACUAUAUGACUACACAUUCCUUAGUAAUUCACUAUGGGAAAAUUCAUCAAUGAAGCGGAGAAAAAUAGGACCAGAGAGAAAUUUUAAAACAGAAGCUCUUGAAAAUGGAGAUCAGUAUUUCUAUGGGAAAGAUCGUUCAAACCCUAUGCAAAUUGAUGAAGGUCAGCCUUUAAAGCCCAAAGAUCCUUAUGAAUUCAAUGAUGAAUUUGAUGAAGAUAGCCCAUCAUCAACUGGAUUUCGUGCAAGAGUGGAUGAAGAAGAUAUCAAACCAAAAGAUCCUGGUUUGCCACCUACUCCUGAUUCACAGAUCCUUACCCCUGGUCAAGUGCUUUCUGCACCUUUGACACCAAUUCAAGACCCACCAAAACCACCAUCUAAUGGAGAACAGCCAUCUUCUCCUCUAACUCCAAGAAAUCAAGGCUCUAGUUUUACAAGUGAAAAAGAUCUUCAAGUAACAGACAAAGAUCUGGAUAAUUUAUUUGAAUCAUCCUCAUCUGAUGACAGUGCAGAUGAUGUGGAUCCUUCAACACCAUUAUCAGCAAAAUUAUGUGGUACACCAGAAGAACCUUCUUCAGGAAAAUGUAAAAAUAAUUCAUUUUCAUCAGGAAUGUUAUGUGCUGCUGAGUUGACUCGUAUGUUCCCGACUCCACCGUCUUUAGAACAUAAUACUGCUCAGUCCCCUUCAGGCCCUUUAUGUGGUACUGAUCUCUCCACCUUAGAUGGUACUGAUUGUUUUCGUGAUAGAACUGAUGUAUAUCUGGAUGGUGGAUGUAGUCCAUAUUAUGAACCUGUGAAGGAUUGGUCUUAUGUAUAUAAACUGCCUACUCAAUAUAAAUUUGUUGGUUCUAAAAGAUAUGCUCCACUGACCUCUUUACCAAGUCAAAUGCAACCACUUCCAAUGUCUACAGAUCAUAUUUAUAAACCUUCAUGGACAAAUGCUUCUUCUUCUCCUCUUCCUGCCAAUAAUUCACAACCCAAUGCGCAACCAAUUGGUUAUGUUGAAAGAUUAUCUUCAAAUUCAAAUUCUCAGUUUCCAAUUAUACCAGUGAGUGAAGGGGAAAGAAUGGUGCCGCCCAUGUUUUCAGUGGAUCCUCCUAUUGAUCAACGAACAUUGCCCAUGAACUAUGAAUUACAAAGCCCAGCGUCCAGUGCCUCAUCUUACUUGAACAAACAUUUGAAUUCUGUUGACAGUAGUGGCACAGCUUCCUCCAUACCUGAGGCUCACAGCCUACUGGUCAAUCUUGUGUUAGCUGACUCUAUGCUCAAUCUUUUCAAAGAUCAUAACUUUGCAAGUUGUACUCUUUGUGUAUGCAAUAUGAAUACCAAAGGUGCAGAUGCGGGUAUCAACUUGCCAAGUAGCCUCAUACCUUCUGGUACUGAUGAACCUCAGUACAAGUGUACGUGUGGUUUCAGUGCUGUUGUGAAUCGUCAUCAGAGCCAUCGGGCUGGAAUUUUCUAUGAAGAUGAACUUGAAAUUACGGGUCACCGAUAUGAAACUUACUUCUGUAGGAAAAGUCUUUCUGUGGUUGAGAGUGUAUCCUCUAAAAAGACCGAUUUAAGUCAGAAUUUAGAGGAAGAAACAAACGCUCAAGUGGACCAUGUGCCACAUACUAUUGUGGACUUAAUUAAAAUGCAAUGCUCACACAUAUACUCUUCAUUUUCAUUGUUUCACAAGGCUGAACAAUUUCGUUAUUUUGAUAAGUUUAAUUAUCAUUGCAAUGCUCUUGAAGUAUCUGAUGGGUGUGAAGUGUGCUUUCUUGCAUUGGAUACAGGUAGACAAGCUGUUGACAAUAUGAACAACAACAAAAUGGAUGAAAAUUUAAAGUCUUCCUGCCUUCAUAAGUGGCCUUAUCUUGCAGCUAAAGUGCCAGUGAGCAAUUUAGAAGUAGUCCAUCUUUUGCGAUCUCUACAGCCUGUUCUUCAAGAAGCGGUGCAACAAAGGCGCCACCAAAGACUUUGGGAAGUCACAUAUCCAGUUUUAGGGCCACUAACAUGGAGGCAGUUUCAUAGACUUGCUGGUCGAGGUACUGAAGAUCAGUGUGAACCUCAACCUAUCCCCUCAAUUCUUGUUGGUUAUGAUAAGGAUUGGGUAGCUUUGUCACCAUUUGCCUUAAAAUAUUGGGAUAAGCUCUUAUUGGAACCAUAUACCAACAGCAGAGACAUAGCUUAUGUUGUGGUGGCUCCAGAUAGUGACUGUGUCUUAAACCCUAUUAAAAAAUACUUCAAAGAACUGAGCACAAUUUAUGAACUGUGCAGGCUUGGGAGGCAUUGUCCCAUUACCAAAGUAUUGCGAGAUGGUAUUAUGCGUGUCGGUAAGGGAACUGCUAAGAAAUUAGCUGAUGAACCAGUUGAUGAAUGGUUCAACCUGAUUGGAGAUGGCCCUAUUGCAAGUCGAUUGAAAUUAUAUGCACAAGCAUGCAGAUAUCAUUUAGCUCCUCAUCUAGCAACUCAACCAUUUGAUAGCAGUCUCAUAGAUUCUCCACCUGUUUUGAAACCACCUGAUAAACCUUUAUCUGUUGCUUCACCCAGAACCACUGGAAAUGAGAGUCAAGAAAAGGAUCAGCCAGCUUUUAAAACAGAACCAGAAAUAAAAAUGGAAACAUCUGGAAAUAGUUCCAAUGAUCAACCUUCUGUAUCUUCAACUGCAAACCCAGAUUCUUCCGAGUCUGAAGAUAAUCAGCAGACACCAACGGUGGUUAUUUAUUUAGUUGAACCUUUUACACAUGGUUCUGCUGAUGCUGAUGUCUACCGACUUGCUAGUCUGGGACUUCUAAGAUCAUAUACUCAUAUGUUGCAGUUUUUGCCAGAUCACAUAAAAAAUAACAUUCAUUUGCAGGUCAUAACUCUUGAUUCAAUAUUAAGCUUGGGACGGAUGGAAAAUGCUGAAAGACGUAAAGAUCAGCUCAAAGCAUUAGCUUUUUCAGUAUUUUCCCAGUGUCAUCAAGUAUUUUUGCACCAAACUAUUGCCAAGUCUUUGACUGGAUUUGGACCAGCAGCUGCACAAGAUGUAUUCUUAAAAAACAGAGAUCCUAGAAACUGCAUUUCUUUACCUCCUCCAAGCAAAGUUUUUACUUUGGCUCCUCAAAAAGACAAACAAACAGAGUUGGGUGAAAUGUUUGGAGACAGAAGAGAGAAAUCUAGUAUUUUAUAUUGUACAUAUUGUUUGACAGAAGACCAAAGAUGGUUAGUUGCUAGUUGUACAGAUGACAAAGGAGAUGUGUUACAGACCUGCUGUAUUAAUGUUGAAGUACCAAAUAGGACUCGCCGGAAAAAGGCUUCUGUUCGGAAGCUUGCUUUGCACAAAUUGUUAGACUUUAUUGUGGAGGUGUUAUCCAAAUUUCUUCAUGCAUGGAGACUUGUGAUUAGCAGACUGGGACGCUUGGGUCAUGGAGAAUUAAGAGAUUGGGCAACUCUACUGAGUCGCAAAUCUCUCCUCCGUUACAGUCGACAGUUACGUGAUUUAUGUCACCAGUGUGCUGUUCUUGGUCCUCCUGAUACUCCUGCCAUUCUUUCUGCUUGUUUAGUUUCCCUGGAACCUGAUUCUGCUCUACGAAUAAUGUCCGAUCAAUUCACUCCUGAUGACCGCUUCAGCAGUAGCUGCAAUUCUUGUUACCUCAGUACCCCUGAAGAUGCUUCCUGUACGCAUAUCCUAGUCUUCCCUACUUCAGCUACUACACAGUCAUCUCAAGCUACAUUCCAGCAAGAGCACAUUGAUCCUUUGUCUACCACUUUGGCUGAUGAUGACAUCUUCCAAGCACUCAAUGAUGAUGAUAUUGCAGUGGGGCAGGAUAUUAAUGACAUUUUUCGUUGGACAGAAAGCCCUCCUCAAAGUCCUGGUGCUUCUCCUCGUCGAGACUCAAUCUCUCAGCCUGGAAGUCCUAGCUGUGGGAUGGGUGGGCGUCAUUCGCCUUUUCAUCAUGGGGGACCAAAUAGAGGUUCUGGUCAUCUGCCGAUGGAUACGAUAGAAGAACCUCUUCAGCUUUUACAACAGCCUCUUGCUCUAGGCUAUUAUGUCUCGACAGCUAAAACAGGGCCUUUACCUAAAUGGUUCUGGUCUACUUGCCCACAGUUACAAAAUGUUUGUCCUGUUUUCCUGAAGUCUGCAUUGUUGAUCCAUUCACCUUUUGUACAGCAAAGUUCUGAUGAUUUAUUACAUGCAAAUCCACACACAAGAAAUUAUCAUCCACUUGAUUCGAAUUUGACAACAGAUGUACUCAGGUAUGUGUUAGAAGGCUACAAUUCAUUAUCAUGGCUAUCAUUGGAUCCUUCAACCCAUGAUCGUCGUUCAUGCCUACCCGUUCACAUACAAGUUUUAAUGCAACUUUAUCAAGCUGUUGAAGCUCUUAUAUAAGCUCUUGGUUACAAGCGUGUACAGGCAACAGGGAUCAAACAUAGUCAUGACUGUAGGCAUUUACAGUCAGUUUUAAAACAAAUUGUGAUGUCUUCAAAUGCAGCACACGAUGACAUAUCAGAGCUCUUUCGUAUCCACACAAUUGUGUAAUAUAAAUUGUGGUUGUAAAGUUCCAACACUUGAGAGAAAAUCCAUUCUGAUAUGCAAAUUGUCCUGCAGAAUGUAUCUAAUUGUAUUUAUGCACAUAUUAUAAACUUUUCCAAAUGGAACAAACUAAUCGGCGUUAGCUUAAUCAAUCAUGUGGAAGGACUAGUUGGUUGUGUAAUUCAUCUCUUCCGCUAAUAGUGAGUGUUGGGAGAAGCAUCUAUCGCCGGUAUUUCGAGAAUAAAGUAUGAUUAUACUAUUUAUUUUGUAUAUAUAUAUAAGAGCAAAAAGGAUAUCUAUCAUACGCACCUGAAGAUAGACGUCCUCCCAUGCCAAAACUAGGUAUAUGCUACUUAUUAGAUGAUGUAGUUUAAUACAGCGGGACUUAACAUUUCUUUGAACAAUCGUAUGUCAACCGUUGGUUUUGUACAAAGCAAUAUCACAAGUAUACAAAUCUUUUUACAAAUCAUCUAUCAAAUUAUCUGUACAUGUCCUUUUGUGUCGUUGAAAGUUGUAGCUGCCACAUCCCCCUUAAAAAAAGAUUAUAAGGAUAUAGUGAUCAUAUGGUAUUGCCAUCUUAGCAAAGGGAGUGCUGGACUCUUAUUUUUACUCUCUUCUAUUGGUUCCCCACUGCCAGCAGCUUGAAAACUUACCUUUGCAUUUUCUAAUCAUUAUCUUUAUAAUUUCACUUCAUGCUUGUUUCAUUAUCAAACUGACUUUUUAUUAUUUUUUUAACAUUUUCUGUGGGAAUAAGAUAGCUUUUCAGAUUGGCUGAGCAAUAAGUCUGAGUAUCUUAGGAUUUUGAAGCAUUUUCUCUUUAUCCUGCUGUUGUCUGAACAAAACAUGUAUAGUUGAAUAUUUGUAUGUGUCUAAUAACAGAAGAGCAAUUUUAGUGUAAAGACUAUGCAUGUGUUGUAGAGUUUUUCAACAAUUUUAAUGAAGUAUGUUAAUUCAUAAGUGCCCUUUAAACAAAUCUAUGCAAUGAAUUUUAGAGAUGUGUACAGUUUGAAAAGACUAUGCAAUUGAAGUAAUCACUGCUGUACAUUCAAAUCAAAACACUAUGCAACUAAAAGCCUAUACACAGUUAUUUAAGACAAUUUAUGGAAAUGUACAAUACAAAAAUUUACCAUUUCAAUAAAUAUUAAGUUAAAUUAUAAUUUUUUAUGUCAAUAAAUGCUGUAGAUUUUUUGUAUUGUAUCUUUUCAUUUAAUUAUAUGUAAUAUCCAUUAUAUUUACCUAUGUGCAUGAUGCAUAGGCAGUGUAAUGAUGUAUGUUUUAGACCAAAAGGUUUAGUAAUACAUCAUAAAUAUCUUUUGAGUAUGAAUAGAUAGUUGCAUUUUUCCAAAAAUAAGUUUAAACUCCUUCAUCAAUGAUUUGAUGAUUAAAUUUAUUUUACUAGUUAGUAUAAUAACUAAUUAACAGAAACGUGCCUCUUUCUUAUCUAAGGUUUUUAUUUAUUGACCUUAAAAAUGAUAUAUCUGCUUACAUGUAAUUCUACACUAGUGCCUACCUUCUGCCUACAUAAAACUCUUGACUUAAGAACGAAGCAAUUUUUUUAAAACAUGCUAGUGGAAUUCAGAGAUUUUGUUAUUAAAAUAAAAUAUCAAGGAGAUUACUUGUUUUCUACCUGAUAAAGAAUGAUUUGAUUUAUUAUUGAUCUGUUGAUUAAAGAAUAGUGCUACCCUUCUACAUAUAUACAGAAUAUAAUUUAUUUAAAUACUUUUAUGUUCAAAUAAUAAUAAAUCAUUUUUUAAUGAAUGCUUAUAUUUGAAUUACACAUUGUAGUAGAUUAAUUAAGGUAACUUGUUUUAUUCUACCAUUAAUAAUUAAAUGAAGUUUUACAAAAAGAAAAAAAUAUGAAUCCCUUUUUAUUUGAAUAUUUUUGACAUUUGCAUGUGCUACACCUGGUUAAUUUUGCCCACUAGUUUUAAUGCAGUCAAUGCAUUUGAUGUAUAAUGUUAAUGCAUUGGAAAAUUUGAAUAUUUUGUAAUAACAAACCAGAAAGAUUAUUCGAUAAAAUUGAUUUAUCUUCUUUUUAUGGAUUUAUUAUAAAAUCAAAUUAACUUGUAUUGUGCAAAGAUAACUAAUACGGUAGUCCACUAUUUUUAUUUGUUAUAUAUAUAUAUUGAAAACAAUUGUUGAUAAAAAAAAAAUUGUGUGAUGAGUAUAUGUUAAGUUACUUAUUUAUUUAAAUCAAUGGAAUAUACUCAUAAAAAUUUUUAAUAUUUUUACUGAAAACUUUAAAAAUGAAUUCUAUCCAUUACAAUAUUUAAAAAUACAUUUUCUGUAAAAAAAAUAUAUGAGAAAUAUGUUCAAUUUUAAUUGUUAUUGAAUUCUCGAAACACAUAAUUCGUUCAGCUUAAAUGUCAUUUUCUAAUAGUUUUAAAUUAUUUUCAAAUUCUAGUUAAAACUUUUAAUAAUUUGACAAACAGUAGUAUGCAUCUAAACUCAUAAAUUAACCAUGAAUUUCCUCUCCAUUAAAUUAGGUACUUAAAUUAUUUAUCCAUAAUAAUAGUUUAUUAUAUUGAACCAAUUAAUUACUUCCCUCAAAUAUUUCUCGAUGAUGUUGUUGAAGUUAUAUAAAAAGAUGCUAAAAGUGUUGAACAGAAAGAAUUCUUUUAUUAUAAAAUUUUUAAUUCCGAUGGACUGAUUUUAAAUUUUUCUGUCAUUUUUUUUUUUUUUUUUCAUUAUUACAGUUUCUCCAAUUUACAUGCAAUUAAAUAAAGCAAGCUUAAGCUUUUGAGCGCAUGCCCCCAUCUUUCAUCAAAUCUGUAAAUAUUCUUGAUUUUUGGUAACUUUUUUUUAUAAUAAAAUUAUUUUUUCAUUCUGUUUAUGUAGUUUAAAUUAAUUAUAACAAAUGUUUACAAAUUUAAUGGGAAAGUUUGUCUUGGCAACUGUAUUAUUUUGUUGUGAAAUAUUCAAAUUCUGCACUAAAUAUGAGCAAUUCUUGUGCUGUAAUCAAUGAUAAAUUUGCAUAAACAGUUGCCUUUAUUAUUAAUAACACAUCAAGAUUCUGUAUUUUAUUAAUUUUUCAACAAUCUUUAAUACAUUGUCUAAAAUUUUGGUUAUAUUUAAUGCAUUAAUAAUAUAUCUCUGUUCAUGCAAUGAACAUUUUGAUAUUAAAGAAAUUUCUGCUGUAAUUAGCCAAGUUAAAUAAAAUGUAUGUAUUGUACUGUAAAUAUUGGAUCUGUUGUACUUAAUGAAAAAUUACAUCAAAAGUGUAGCUACAACUUUCUACAGUGUUUGAUAAAAUCAUUAGUAGAAAAAAAUGUGUAUAUAUUUAAUGUAUAUAAAUAUAGAUUUUAAUAUCAUUGAAUACAUUCAUUACCUAAUAACUUACAUUAAUUUAAUUAUUUCUUCCAAUUUAUUUUUUAUUUAUUAAUCAUAUUAGUUGAUUUGUUAACUAAAAAAAUAAUUUAGAUUUUUGCUUAAAAUUUAUAUUUUAUUAUUUAAAUGUUAACCAUUCUUUUGUUGUAUAAUAUUGCUCCUGUUGUGAAGCUGAGGGUUUUUUAAUACCAAAAAUAAAAAAAAAAGAAUAAUUCAAAGUUGUUAAAAUCCUGUAUUAUUAAAUUUGUAUGAGCAACUUAUGACAACUCCUUGAUGUUCCAUUUCCUGAGGAAUAUAAAAGAUAACUUAUGUAAAAAAUAUAUAUAGCAGGUAAAAUUUCACCAUGAAUAGCCAUCAUGAACAAUGGUUAAAAUGUGUAAAGCAUUUCGGUCAGCUACUUCAAUUUUGCCUCAAUAGACCAAGGUGAAGUUAAAAAGUUUUAAAGUUAAAAGUUAGUUAUGAAGUUUGGAGUCCCUGAAAAUUUCUUACAGCUUAAAUUGGCUGCUUAAGAAUAUGAUUAAUGUUCCUUGUAUUCUACUGGAUAGUAUAAUCAAAUUAAUGUUGAUGUAAUGUGCAUUUAAAUUUAUCUGAUAUUUUUGAAAAAUAUUAUAAAACAUUGAUUUCUUUGAUGAAGAAUAUUUAAUUUCUAAUUGUUAAUGAUGAUAAAUUUUAGAAUAUUUAUGAUUUUAAUUUUGGCCUUUUAAAUGUUUUAUUUCAUCAAGUCAGAAAUGGAACAUGAAAGUCUGCAACAGAAGGGCAUUCUCUCUGUAUAAUAAAUCAUAUCAAUGUCUUUGAAGAAAACUUGCAAAACGAGUAUUUAAAUAUAAAACGAAUGCUUAUUCUCAAUUUUAUACUUUGUUAUUAAAUAUAUCCUAAAACUAUGCAAUGCAAAUAACGAAAAAAAAAAAAGUAAUUCAAAUGUGUAUUAAAAACUUGUUCACUUAUUAAUAAUGCAAAAAGUGACAAAAAUAAGUGAACUACAUUUUUCUGGGGGAAAAAAUUUAUUUACCGGAUUGUAACUUGCAAUGCAAGGAAUUAGAUCUGUUGUAUAAAAGAGCUUACUAUGUCCAUAGUUAUUUUGUGGGAGCAAUAAUUGAGCUAUGCACAUAAAUAUCACAAGGUCCAGAUUUACUGCUCAGCCUAUAUUAGAGAAAUCAUGUGGCACAGCUUCCAGGCGUUUUUUGUAAAUAUUCCAUUUCUUUUUUCUCAUUUCCUGCACUGUGAACAUGAUUUGGUCCUGCAAAAGAGUACUCAAAUCGUUAACUUUAGAUAUUGAUUGUUUCUUCCUUCACAUUACUGUGAUUUGGUUCCAAUUCCCAUCGUUGUAGUUGGUUGAUCUCAGAAGAAAAAAAAAGAAGUUAAGACUAUAUGCUGACUAUUUUUCAGAUAUUUUAAUAUCAAACUCAUGAAUUUAAUUUUUCUGAUUUAUCAUGUGUGUCAUUUUUCAAUACAUGAAUACAUAUAUUUUUCUCUGUAGUAAUUUGUAAUGGGAAACCCUAUUUAGAGAAUUCUCGAAACAAGAAAAAUGCUUUUUCUUGUUCCUUUCGCUUGGAAAUAUUGAUUAUUUCAAAUCCGGUGCAGUUUCAUUACCUCAUUUUUUUUUAAAUAUUUGUUUCAUUAUUUUUUUUAUAUGAGCUUUCUUAUUCCUGCUUUAUUUAUUUUUUAACUGAAACAUUUCAUAAUUGUGAUUCAUGAGAUUCCAUACAUUUAUUGCAGUUGUGUAUGUUUAAGAAUAUUACUUUUAGAUGUUUUUAUGGAAAUAAAAAAGAUAUAUGAUGUAAAUUAGACAAUUUCUUUUAUCAUCUGUAAAUUGAAAUAUUUUUAUUAUUUAUAUUGACUGUAUUGAAAUGAAUUCAUUUGUUCACUCAUUAUCUUUGUAUGAUCUUCAUCCUUGCCCUUAUGUACAGAAGAAUAGUUGAGGUAAAAGUACCACAAUGAAUAUAAAAGCAUUUUGUUUGGGACAUCCUGACAUGCUGCAAGUGUACAAAUGAGUUUCUUUUUGUUUAUAAUAAAUCUAUUUAACUGGUU